AAAAGUUAUCAAGUAUGUGUUAUUUAUUUCAUGACGUUGCUGUGCAGUCAAAAGUGUCACUAGUUUACAAAUUUAUACACAGUGCAAACAAUUGCACAUUUCUACAUCAGAAGGGCGUGUGAAGACACACGAAUCCGAACAUGAUGAGGCGAAUUUCCACUACCUCGCAUAUGACCCUCGACAACACAGCGGCGAAAGCAAGCUGGUUGAGCAAAGCGUCAUUUUGGUAUACCAUACCCAUUUUUAAAAUUGGGUUAAAACGUGAUUUCUCUGAGUAUGAUCUUACUCGUCCACUGCCUGAACAUGAGUCAGCAAAACUUGGCAAGCGUCUUUCGAAGCAAUGGUCAAAAAGGAUGUCAAACCGCAAAAAUGCAAAAGUACGUCCCAGUUUGGUCGGGGUGAUUGCUCAUUGCUUCGGUUGGGAGAUUGCUGCUUAUGGACUGGCUCUUGGAUUAAUGGAGUUGGGAUGUCGAAUUUACCAACCAAUUUUCGUUGGUUUGGUAUUGAGAUAUUUGUCAAUUAUUAACAUUGAUAACAAUACAACGAAUCCAUAUGGCCACACUUAUAUGGGACGUGUGGCACAUUACUACGGCGACAAUCAAGAACGAAUUUCCACCAACGAAUCCAUGUUUUACGCGUUUGGGAUAGUUUUCUGCGGGAUAGUUGCCGUUAUAGUGUACCAUCCUGUGUUUACAUAUCUGAACUACGCUGGGAUGAAGAUACGAAUAGCAAUGUGUUCGCUUAUAUAUCGAAAAGUUCUGCGUUUAGAUAGCAGUCAACUUACUGGAAAAAUGAUUGGAAAUGUUAUUAAUAUCCUCUCAAACGACGUCAACAAGUUUGAGCAAUUACAUUUCAUUCAUUACCUUUGGCUGGGACCAACAACAGUUGCAUUCUCAAUAUAUUUCAUUUACUGGGAGAUAGGCUGGUGUGCUGUGAUUGGCAUGGCGCCGGUUUUGUUUUGCAUUCCGUUGCAAGUUAUUCUGGCUUGCAUGACAAAAUAUCUCCGUAUUGAGACGGCUUUGAGAACUGAUCAUCGUGUUCAAGUGAUGAACGAGAUUAUUUCCGGUAUACGCGUUAUCAAGAUGUACGCCUGGGAAUACGCAUUUAGUGCGGCACUGCAUAAAACUCGAAAACAUGAAAUGCACUCAUUGAUUAAGUCCUCUGUCAUCAAAGGAAUCAUGAUGUCCUUGAUUUUGUUCACAACACGUAGUGGACACUUCUUCUCCUGUUAUUGCUACCUUUCCCAACAUGAAAAAAUUACAGUCGAAUCUGUAUUCUACAUCGUGUCAUACUUUCAAAUAUUACGUAUGACCAUGACUGUCUACUACCCACAAGGAAUGGGACAUGUUGCUGAAAUGAUUGUCGCGGUAAAACGCAUAACUGAUUUUUUAAUGCUGCCGGAAACGCACAUUGCUAAUCCAGAACCAAUGGAUCCAAAAUGGAUGACACGGUUAGCAAAAAAUCCGAAUUACGCUUACUACUACAGAAAGAGAUUUACUCCAGCUAGGAGCAACAUCAUUGACAUUCAAAAUGCAAGCAUUAAAUACGGCAAAAUGAUUGUAUUGGAUAACUUUAUGAUGCUUUGUAAACCUGCGAGCUUGACAGCGUUGAUUGGUCCAGUCGGAAGCGGAAAAUCAUGCGUAAUGCAAAUGAUAUUACAGGAACUUACUCCGUUUGAAGGGAAAGUGUCCGUUGAAGGAGUACCAUCUUAUUCAGCUCAGGAUCCUUUCAUUUUUCGAGGUUCUGUACGCGAUAAUAUCCUCUUUGGUCAACAAUAUAACCGCGAGAAGUACCAAGUUGUCAUUCGCGCAUGCGCAUUGAUCCGGGACUUUUCCUUAUUACCUUAUGGUGACCGCACUCCUGUAGGAGAAAAAGGAAUAUCCUUGAGUGGUGGUCAACGUGCGCGUAUUAAUUUAGCUCGCUGUGUUUACAAGGACGCAGACAUAUAUCUCUUGGAUGAUCCUCUAUCCGCAGUUGAUACAAACGUUGGAAAACAUCUCUUUGAAGAAUGCAUCUGUGGCUAUCUUAAGACCAAAAUUGUUGUUUUGGCCACUCACCAACUGCAAUACCUUAAAUCGGUGAAGCAUAUCAUUGUACUUGAAGACGGCCGCAUCAAGCUAGCUGGAAGUUAUGAUCAUAUUUUUACCCGGCGCGAUAUGAAAACUUUGGUCCCGGACGCUGAAGAAGAUGCGGACGCUGAUGCUAUACCCAUGACGGCAAUUAAGAGUACUGUCAUGUCGAAUAUAAAAGGACCUAAUUUGAAAGAAUUCGAAGAAAUGCGCAGCAGUGGUGUUGUCAACUGUUCAAUCCUAAAACACUAUUACUUAGCCGGUGGCAACUGCUGUGUAGUUUUGUUCAUGCUGUCCUUAUUCAUAUUGGCGCAGGUUGCUGCCUCCAUCUUUGAUUACUUCAUUUCGGUCUGGGCAAAAAUCGAAGACAAGCGAUAUUUUGGUCGUGGGACAUUUUGGUUGCCAGAGCAGUUUGAUAACUUUCCGAGAUCAGAAUGCAUUAAAGCAGCUGGCUUCGCUGUACUCAGCACCAUGUUAAUUUCACUGUUUAGAUCAUUCUUCUUCUAUGGAUUUUGCAUGAAAGCUUCAAUUAGUCUGCAUAACAAGAUGUUUAACAGCGUGACACGUGCAAACAUGAGAUUUUUCACUUUGAACGACAGCGGAAGAAUUUUGAAUCGAUUUUCAAAGGAUAUGGGUGCUGUUGAUGAGAUUUUACCAUAUUCCAUGGUGGAUACAUACCAGAUUUUGCUGAAUUUUGUCGGCGUAAUCUGGUUAUUGAUGAUCAUCGAUGCUUGGUUGUUGAUUUUCACGGCAAUCUUUACAGCGAUUUUCUAUAUUAUACGAAAAUAUUAUCUCAAGGCAAGUUGUAGCUUGAAACGACUCGAAGGAGUAGCUCGAUCUCCGGUUUUUACCCAUACAAACGCAACUAUGCAAGGAUUAGCUACAAUCCGCGCACAUGGCAACGAAAUGCAACUCGUCGAAGAGUUUGAUCACUAUCAGGACACACACACUUCAGCAUCGUUCCUUUUCAUGGCGGCGUCACGCGCUUUUGGUUACCUAUUGGACGUACUGACAUGUGUUUACAUUACAUGCAUCAUAUACUACUUCCUGCUUAUGCGCAAAGACGAUUCUGCAUAUGUAGGACUGAUCCUAAGUCAAUCUAUCGGUCUUACCGGUAUCUUUCAAUGGGGUAUGCGACAAAGCGCUGAAUUUGAGACGCAGCUCACAGCCGUCGAACGCGUUUUGGAAUUUACAAACAUCGAACCAGAGCCGCCAUUAGAAAGUGAACCCGGUAAAGAACCUGAUGGAUCAUGGCCACGUCAAGGGGAUAUUAAUUUCAAAAAUUUGAGCAUGAGAUACUCCACGCAUGAAACGCCUGUGUUGAGAAAUGUUACUCUAUCGGUUAAUCCAAAGGAAAAGAUUGGUAUUGUCGGACGUACUGGUGCUGGAAAGUCGUCCAUUGUUGCAGCUUUGUUCAGAUUGUCUUACAUCGAAGGAAGUAUUUACAUUGAUGGCAUUGAAACAGGCGGAAUUGGAUUACAUGCGCUCAGAAAACAAAUUUCAAUCAUUCCACAAGAACCUGUAAUAUUUUCGGGAACUUUACGUUACAAUCUAGAUCCAUUUGAUGAAUAUCCUGAUGUUGUUUUGUAUUCCGCGCUCGUAGAUGUUGAUUUACGUCUAGCAGAAAACAUCGAUUGUUUAGAUGAAGUAAUGUCGGAGGGUGGAGUCAAUUUAUCAGUGGGCUCGCGACAACUUGUGUGUUUAGCACGCGCCAUUGUGCGUAACAACAAAAUAUUAAUCAUGGACGAAGCCACCGCCAAUGUGGACUUACAAACGGAUCUUUUCAUUCAAAAAACAAUUCGAGAGAAAUUUGCACAUUGUACUGUUUUUACUAUCGCGCAUAGACUGAACACAAUAAUGGAUUCCGAUAAAGUGUUGGUGAUGGAUUCUGGAAUGGUAAUGGAAUACGAUCAUCCACACAAAUUGAUUGAGCAGAAAGACAGCAUGUUCUUUAAGUUGAUCAGCAAGACUGGUCAGCAGAAUGUCGAAAAGUUUCGCGGAAUUGCCAAACAAUCAUGGGAUAGAACGCAUCCAGCUGACCCAGCAGUCUGAUUCUAUCAUGGGACGAUCAUUUACAUUACUUUAUUAUAUCAAUUUUUUGUAUCAUUUUGCCUUAAAACGCAUGCAAAAUUAUAUUCAUUAUAAAAUA